UCCAGUUGGAUUUCCUGUGGACCAAAGAGGAGACUGCCUGGAUGCAAUUGAUCCCCAGCACUCAGCAGUGCAAACGCCCUUGGGUGUGCUUUACUUCAAGCUAAUAGAAGUGGCCCAGCUGAAAGUAGGGAUGUCUGGCUGGGGGUGGGGGCACCCGAGUGCUCAGCAUCCAGCUGAGAGUGAGAUUCCUGAGGAAAGCCCCUUCCUGUCACAGCACCCACAGCAUUCUGAAUCUGCUUGCAGCCCAGCGGCCUCGCCGAGGAUGCUCCAUUUAAAAGUGCAGUUUUUGGAUGAUUCCCAGAAGAUUUUUGUGGUUGAUCAAAAAUCAUCCGGAAAGGCACUCUUUAACCUGAGCUGCAGUCACCUCAAUCUUUCCGAGAAGGAAUAUUUUGGAUUAGAAUUCUGCAGCCAUUCUGGAAAUAAUGUUUGGUUGGAACUUCUGAAGCCCAUAACAAAGCAAGUAAAAAAUCCUAAGGAGGUUGUUUUCAAAUUUAUGGUGAAAUUUUUCCCAGUGGACCCUGGACACCUUCGGGAAGAACUCACAAGGUAUCUUUUCACUCUUCAAAUAAAGAAGGAUUUGGCUCUGGGAAGGCUGCCAUGUAGUGACAACUGUACAGCGUUGAUGGUGUCACACAUCUUACAAUCAGAAUUAGGAGACUUUCAUGAAGAAACUGUUAGGAAGCAUCUGGUACAAACCCAGUAUUUACCAAGCCAAGACUCUUUAGAGAGCAAGAUCAUGCACUUUCAUCAGCAGCACAUUGGCCGGAGCCCAGCUGAAUCAGACAUUCUGCUACUGGACAUAGCAAGGAAGCUGGAUAUGUAUGGCAUCAGACCUCAGCCCGCCAGUGAUGGCGAAGGGAUGCAGAUUCACCUGGCUGUUGCUCACAUGGGAGUACUGGUGUUACGGGGAAAUACAAAGAUUAAUACUUUCAACUGGGCUAAGAUCCGAAAGUUGAGUUUUAAGAGAAAGCAUUUUCUCAUCAAACUUCAUGCUAAUAUUUUGGUGUUGUGCAAAGACACUUUGGAGUUCACCAUGGCUAGCCGAGAUGCAUGCAAGGCCUUCUGGAAGACUUGUGUGGAGUACCAUGCUUUCUUCAGGCUUUCCGAAGAGCCCAAAUCAAAGCCCAAAACACUAUUCUGCAGCAAGGGUUCCAGUUUCCGCUACAGUGGAAGAACUCAAAGGCAACUUUUGGAAUAUGGGAAAAAGGGGAGGUUAAAGAGCCUGCCGUUUGAAAGGUGCACCCUUAUCCUUCUCUCUUCUCAUGCUGAUUGGAAGUUGAAUUUAGAGACAUCUAUGUAUCCUAUAAUUUGCAUAAUGAGCAUUUCAAUGACUUCUCUGUUUGGGGAUUUCAGGAAACAGUAUCCAUCUCAGUAUCAUGAACGGCAGUGCAGGUCAUCACCAGACAUUCUCUCUGAUGUGUCAAAACAAGUGGAAGAUCUGAGACUUGCAUAUGGCAGCGCUUACUACCGAAAUGUGAAUGGAGUGCAUGCAUCUGAGCCUAUGCUAGACAGGAGGAGGAGGAACUCAGCAGUCGAGGUGACAUUUGCAGCGGAGCUGGAGCAUUCCAAACCAGAGGCAGAUCCCACACCGCUCCACCCAUCCCAAAGCAGUUCCUCUUUCACCUUUGUUUAUGCAGAUCCUGUCUUUAACACUGACCCUGAUCCCAUAGACUUCUUUGAGGAACGGAGCCCUCUAAGCUCCUUCCAAACAAACUCCAAGUUUGUGGACAAUCACAUAAGCACAUCUCCUGGUUUUACAAGCAAAGUGAGUCCAGCAAGGCAGCUAACAUACACCGAUGUGCCCUAUAUUCCUUGUACUAGUCAACAGGUUGAUAUUAUGCCUCCUCAAGUCUUUUUUUAUGUGGACAAGCCACCCCAGGUACCCAGAUGGUCUCCAAUCAUGGCAGAGGAAAAUGUGAGACCAGGCAGCUGUAUAGAUCCCAGUGCAAUAAAAUCAGCCAAAAGGAGCCCAAGGAAUACCAGGAUAAAAAGCUUACAGCAAGACCUUCAAGAACUCCAAGAAGCUAUGGCUAGAACUAGUGGUAGGAGCAAUAUCAAUGUAGACCUAGGGGAGGAAGACCCACAUUUAGAUGAUGCAUUUGCAUAUAGCCUUCAAGAGCAAACUCCUAAACGAUCUCAGAGCCAAUCAGACAUGAAAACUAUCCGUUUUCCUUUUGGGUCAGAAUUUAGACCUUUAGGACCUUGUCCUGCUUUGACUCGUAAAACAGAUCCGUUUACAUGUACAUUUGCAGAGCAGGAGUUUCCCACAGUUCUAAUGGACCAGAGCUCAGCAGAAAGGUAUGUAGCUAGUGAGUCCAGUGAUUCAGAAUCAGAGAUUCUUAAACCAGACUACUACUCUUUGUAUGGCAAAGGAACAAAGUCAUCUAGGGCCCGAAUCCGCUUGUCUUCUGGUAGUCUGCAGCUAGAUGAAGAGGAUGAAGAUAUUUCUUUCACCACACCAGGGGCUGAAGACAGGACUUUGCUAAAGCCAUGCAACUAUUUCUUAGCUUGAAAGAGGGAACUCUGUGAAUGUUCCUGGCCAGUUCCAUGUUACCACCUUAGGUACCCAGCUUAAGAAAGAUCAAGUUGCUGCCUCAUUCUAUGAGCUUCACUCUUGUCUUUCCUCCAAACUGACUCUAGAACAUGCCUUCUCCCCAGCACUAUGGCAGUGUGAGAGAAGUGUAUGUCACCACCAUUAUACAUUUCUUUGAGCAGAUAUAAUAAAUGAAGAGCCAUUCUUCAAUGCUGAAGAACGAUGAUGAUGUGGUUGGUGUAUGGACUGGUUUCUAAUGCCGCUUUGUGAUUUAGUAGUCCAUGAUUAUGUUGGUUUUGUGUGUGUGUGUGUGUGUGUGUGUGUGUGUGUGUGUGUGUGUGUGUAUGUGUGUGUAUGUGCAUGCACGUGCACUCGCUUAUGUAAUGCUAAACUAUGGUUUCUCUCCUCAUGACUUGUUGGGGACCCAGCGAACAGUCUUGUUAUAUACUAAGAAUGUUAAUAUACAUAGGUGAGUGGCAUAGAUCCUCUUAGCAGAACAUGUCUAGAAUUAAUAGAAAAUUUGAUAGCAUCUCACUGCUGGAUAUUCAUGGAUUAGGCUCAUUUCUCAAACCAGAUAAUGUGCCUGAUGAAGAUAUUAUGAUGUUGAUUUCUAAUUUCUCUCUUCUUAACUACUUAUUACAUAUAUGGUAGGAAUCAAUGUUAAUAAGCAAGUUUGUUUAUUAAUUUCUCCUGCCGGAAUUUAUUUUUGCCAUAUCUUGGUUGCAUGCAUGUAGGCAAGGAUCUGAGGUGUUAUUUUAAUAAACAGUGAUGGAAAAUCCACUCAAACAGAAGUUAUAUGUAUGGCCUUCUUUUUGUUUUUAAUAAAAUUCGAAGUAGGUAGUUCUGGCCUAUAUGUACAGAACAGGACAGUUAGAGAAUGGAAAAAGGACAGGGACAAGAGAGAAUGUAUGGCCAGGGUGAAGUGGGAAUAAGGGAUGGCUGAGACAAAGACAACACUGACACCAGGCUCUGACGGGGAAUGAAAGUUCUCAUGCUCCUCUUGUCUAGUCCUCCGGUGUGCUGGGACUUACAGGGAUGUAACGCGGUGUGAAGCUCAAUUUGAUUGCUUUUUUAAAAAUGUUAUGUGUAUGAGUAUGCCUGCUGCCCAUAGAGGCCAGAAGGUGG